GUUUACUAUUCUCUUUGGAGAAAGUCGAGAAAUGUUUUCUGUUUUGAUAACAUGAUGAGUUGGUUUUGGUUAUGCUAGGUUAGAAUUCACUUUCAUUAUUAUGUGAAUGUUAAAAUCAUUAAUCAAUUUACUAAUCGCUGGAGAACUUAUGUUGCAUAUAAUUAUUAUCAUUGAAAACUUCUGAUCAACAACUUUUGAAAUGGGAUUUACGUUGUGGAAUUUAUUUGAAGCAACGCUAUUGUGUUUGAAUGCCGUUUGUAUACUACACGAGGAGAGAUUUUUAGCAAAAAUUGGCUGGGGCAUAAACAGUAACGUUCAAGGAUUUGGAGAGCCACAAUCGGUCAAAUUUCAAAUUUUAAAUUUGAUACGAUCAAUAAGAACUGUGAUGAGAAUUCCCCUGAUAUUCUUCAACGUUGCUACAAUAUUCAUAAAACUACUACUUGGAUGAUUGAAAUCGGAGAAGACUCUUCACAACAUUUUGAAAGUGGAAACUUGCAAACGUCUCAUUCUUUGUGUCAAAAAGUAAUUUUUGGCCUGGUUGCACAAAUCCUGCUAAAUUUUAAUCAUGUUUGAAUGCUUCGAGAACCAAUCAGAGAAGCCCUCCUUUCGAAAAGUCUUCUUGUGGCAUUUAAUCUUGAUUAAAAUUUGACUAUAUUUUGUGCAACAGGGGCUUUGUGUUGAAGAGAAAAGUUUAAUGAUGUAGAGAACUUGAACAAUACGUUUUAAUAAUAUGGAUAUUCAAAUCCCUCCAGGUGAAAAUUAAAUAGUGAAAAAAUUUUUCCCCAGGUGAAAAAUCCCUCUCAUGCUUAUAACUCUGAAUUAAUAGAGGUUUGUAUGUAAUCAAAACCUAUUAAUAAACAUCUCAUCAAAAUAUAGUCGAACUCCAGAUAAGUUUUGUUAAAAAUAUUAAUUCAAUGUAUGCUUUGUUCUUAAUUCUUCUGAACUGAUUUUAACAUUUAAUUUCUUAAACAGUUAUUAAAGUUGUGUGUGAAAGAGAUUAUGUGAAUAAACUUUUCUAUCCAUUUGAAA